AUGGUAGCGAACGACUCGUUCUGUGAAGAGUCGAGACUCAAAGCUACACGAUACUCAGAUUGGAGAAGACUGACAAGAAUCCAAGCAUGGGUAUACAGAUUCUUGAACAACUGUGUUGAAGGGAACCUUAAAAGGAUUCAUGGAGAACUGACUGCAGAAGAAAUUGAAACAGCACAGUUCAAGAUAAUAGCACAGAUGCAGAGAGAAGAAUUCCCUGAUGAAUAUUCCUGCCUUGAAAAGGGAAAACCGUUACCAUCUAAUAGCAAGCUGUUAGGACUACAACCGAAGCUGGAUGAAGAUGGAGUGAUGAGAUCGGAUGGACGAUUGGCUUAUGCUGAGCAUCUUUCUCAAGAUUCAAGGUUUCCGAUCAUCUUGCCGCGAAGAAACUGGAUCACAAGAUUAAUUGUGAAGUCUUACCAUGAGGAAGGACGUCAUAUUACAGGAACCAAUCAGACAUUAGCAGCACUUUCUGCAAAAUUUUGGAUCCUUUCUGACAGAGAGGAAAUUAGAGACUGGGAGCGACAAUGUUCACAAUGUCGUAAGCAGAAGGCGAAAGUAGCACACCAGAUCAUGGCUCCUCUUCCAAGCAUGAGACUCAAACCUUCUCUCCGUGCUUUCACACAAGCAGGACUCGACUUCGCUGGACCUUUUCUGACAGUACAGGGAAGAGGAAAAGCAAGAAUGAAGCGCUAUCUAUGCCUCUUCACGUGCCUUGCGUCGAGGGCUGUACAUCUGGAGAUCGCAUAUGGCCUGGACACGAAUUCCUUUCUCAAUGCAUUUUAUCGCAUGGCCAGUCGCAGAGGACUCCCUGAGGACAUCGUGUGUGACAAUGGAACAAACUUCGUUGGGGCUGAGAAAGAGCUCAAAGAACUCGUUGAAUGUCUGGACAGUGAUGCUGUGAAACGAACAUUAGCAAAUCGUGGAACAAAAUGGAAGUUUAACCCUCCAUAUGCACCUCACUUCGGAGGUGUGUUUGAGACAAUGGUCAAGUCGGCCAAAAACGCAAUCUUCGCUAUUCUGGGAAACAUUGAUGUAACAGAUGAAGAACUCAUGACAGCGUUCAUUGGAGCAGAAGCCUUGAUGAAUUCCCGCCCAUUGACCUAUCAGACAGUACAUCCACAGGAUGAUGUACCUCUGACGCCGAACCACUUUCUUCACGGACAGGCAGGAGGCACCUUUGCUCCGGAAUCGGUGGAUACAACGACCUUCAACCCAAGGAAACGAUGGAGAAGGAUACAGGAGCUUAUACGGCACUUCUGGAGCAGGUGGAUGAAGGAGUGGAUACCCAGUCUUAACAGAAGGAGGAAGUGGCUCACUCGUCGACAGGAUAUCAACGUGAAUGACAUCGUGCUGGUGAUAUCGCCUAACACUCCACGUGGACACUGGCCUAUGGGACGAAUUAUCAAGACUCACCCUGGGAAGGAUGGUUUUACAAGAGUGGUGGAUAUACAGACUGGUAAAACAGUUUUGACCAGGCCAGUGACGAAAGUGUGCAGUCUGGAAAUGGAUUCCAUCAACUGUUAG